AUGGUUACAAAACAUUUAUCCUAUAAGGAUGUAUUUCCCAUAUGUCGAGAACUCUAUUAUAAUAUUCUUUACAAAGGGAUUAAUAAAGGUAUAAAGAGUAAAUUAGAAACGGAUUGCAAUAAUUUUAAUAGAACCCAUCGACAAAAUGGAUUUCCUGAUUAUAAUUUGGCAACAAACUGUCUAGAUCUUGAUCUUUAUUUGUAUAAAAUAGUGGAUUAUAGUGAACAUGUUAGAAAACCUUAUUGUAAUUUUUUUAUCUACGCACUAAAACAAUUAGUAAGGAAAAAAGAUCCUAAGUACAUUGAAAGGUUUGAUCAGCUUCACGAUAAAAUGAUAAAUGAAUAUAAUAAUGUAAGCGUAACAGGACUUGGUGUAUGUAAAGAAUAUGUAUUAAAAAUGAAUGACGAUAUAUAUAAAAUAUUCGAAAUGUUUGAUGAAUUAUAUGGUUAUUUUAAAUAUUUUCAAAAAGACAGUAAUAAUUGCUCUUACAUUAAAAUUGAUUAUAGAAGAAACAAUGCCUGCGUCAGGAGCAUUAUCAGACGAUAUUCCAUCUCCAGUGACGUGGACAAGCACGGGUGUUUUAUUUUUUGCAAUAUUAAUAAUUAUAUUCAUCGUGUAUAA